AUGGAUCAUGUUAGCCCGCCAAAAAUGGACGGGCAACCUCCCUCCGAUGAGCAAAAGGAAACUGAAAGGGUUAGUAAAGACCUGUUCAAGAUAAUUGAAGCUUUCGAAUCCGAACAAAAAACUAUUUUGUUGAAAGAUGAAGACCGGACUACUCUUCAAAUGUUCUGCGAACAAAAUCCUGAUAUGGAGGUUUCUGUUGAUGAUGUUCUUCAACUUGUGACUAAACUCAAAACCCCUCCAACCAAUGUUACAGCGUCUUCGUCCUCUAGUUCGAAUGUUGUUUCAGAGCAGCCAACCAAAAGUAAGAUCAAAUAUGGUUCUAUACGAUCUGCUUGGCCCCUUAAUCGUCCUUCACCACGUACUCAUAAAAGUAGAGAAGCCUUAACAAUUUCUACUGAAAUAGAUGAAGAAUAUGGCUCUUCAAGUACUAGUGCAGCCUCCCGUUCCAGAAGAAUGUCGUCUGGAUAUUAUGAUUCUCCCAGCGGCGUGCUGGGCUCUAAUUUCUCAAAACUACAUUAUGAUACAUCCGAUGAUCAUGAAAUGUCAUUCGAGGGAAGUGGCGGAUUUGAUGAUACGGUUUCCCAACUAUUACCUACAAACGAUGAUCCUGCUGUCCAACUCAGCAGAUUAUACCGUCACACUGUUGACCUUACGAAACGACUCAAAGAAUCUGAGCGUCAUUUGGCUUCUGUUGCUCGUCAACACGAAGAUCGUAUUGAAGAACUUCAGCAUAAGCUGGAAGAGACAAAAGCUGAUCUUGUGGCUAAAAAGCGCGAAAUUCAAGACCAUAAAAAUAAAGAAAAGACAAACCUACAUCAAAUUGCACAAUUGGAAGGUGAAAUUCAUGUGAUAGCAAAGAAUUUAAAUGGCCAACAGCAACUCUAUCAUGCAUUGAAAAAACAAUACGAAGAACAACGCGAGGAAGCGGAGAAACUCAGGGAUCUUGUCAAGAUCAAAGAGGAUGAGUUAUCUAAUACGCAAAAGAAUCUUAAUGCUAUGUCUUCUGAAGAAAAAAAGCGCGAACGUUUGGAACAUCAUUUAUAUAAAUUAGAGCAAGAUUUAACUUCUGCUCAAGCUUCAGAGAUUGAACUCGAAGAACAAAAAAAUGAAAACAUGCACCUCAAAGAGACAAUUGACAAACUGAAGCUUGAUUUGGAUGAAAUACGGAAAGGAAAAGACGUUGGUUCUGGAAAGAAUUUACGUGCUGAAUUGCAUGACACCGCUCUUGCUUCAAUAUCCGAGGAGCAACAAGGUUCCGAUUCAAACACGGAUGAACUUAGGCGAUCGAACAAGGAACCUCGGCCACGUAAAACCAACGAUGAUGAAUCUUUAAACUCGCGACCCGGUGAAGUGGAGAAAUCUAGAGGCGCUGAGGAUCACGUUCGAAGAUCAAACGGUCAAAGAUCAGUUCGUCGACAAGCAACAGAUGCAAACAAUUCUCCACGUAACUCUACAGGCAGUAGAGAUGUAGAAUCGCAAUAUCAGAUAUUAUCAUCUGAGCUUGGAGUGCAAUAUGCAUUGAUUGAAGGAAUUUUAAGAAACCGAGAUUUACCUUCUCCACACGAUAGACGAGAUCGACAAAUACGUAACAGCUUGGAUGGUGAUAGUGCUGAUUUAACAAGGAGAUUAUCACGUCAAACGGCUGAAAAUGCACAAUCAUCUAGGGCUCUUGUUCCACGAAAUAAUGAUAUGAAUGUCGCUCAACGCAAUGCCAUGGUUAACAAUACUGUAACCAUUGCAUUAUAUACUCUCGUCAUUUACUUCUUUGGUAUCAUUACUUCUGUAUUUGUUCUUGAUAAUAAUCAAGGACCAUACUCUUAUAGCGAUUGGUUACCUUAUGAGGUCGUUAAGGAUGAUA